AUGAAGAUAAUAGUAGUAGAACCCCAACUUCGUCGAAUUUUUCAAUGGUAUGGUGAAUUUGGUUAUCAAUGGCGAUGGUUUCUAGUCAUGUCUCCAUUGAUCAUAACGCCACUCUUAUCGCUUGGUUUUUACCGCCUUACUGCCUUAACUGUUGAUGAUCCUUUUUAUGUUUUCACUCCGGUAUUUGCCAGAUGGCACCAAGAAUUUGAUACGUUCGCAUCGUUAUGGCCAUUGAACGAAAACAAAUUUUUGCCGGGUAAAUCGUUUGAAAUGAAGCGAUUUAUAAAUAUAUUGGUAAAAGCUAAAGAUGGUGGCAAUUUGUUGAAGAGGCAAAUAUUAGAUGAAAUACAAAGGUUGAAUCAAUGGAUUAUGUUCAAUAUCACCGUACCAACUGCUGAUGGCAAGUAUAAUCUCACAUAUCAAGAUUUAUGUCUCAGCUAUGAAUGGGUAUGUGGAGCAAAUGAACACAUUUCAAUGUUACAAGAACGUCUGAAACUUGGCACUUUUUUGGAAUUAACAUAUCCUCGAGCUGGCAGUAAGGUGAACUUGCCAUAA